AUGAGACUGAGUCCGAUUAUCCUGUCGUGGGCCACGGCGAGCUGGCUCGGUCCAACCGGAACUACGGCGAUACGGGCCCAGCCACCGAAGGACUUCGAGUUGUCCACGGAAUUCUUCCUGGUACCUAGCGACGCGGCGAUGGACAAGAACGGUUUGGCCAGCGUGGCGAGUGUCAUCAGUGUUCCAGCGCCGAACAGGACGGUUUCGGUGUCCAGGCUGCCCCCUGGAAAAAAGAGCCCGGAGAUCGAGGCCGAUACUCAACCGUACCCGAGGUCCUUGCUCAGACAACGACCCUGGGCUCUUCCUCUGGCGGCCCUUAGCGCAGCCACGAUGCUCCUCAUGGCUGGCUUCGAGGUUUUCGUACUGCUCAAGGCAAGAGUAACCGCGCCAAAUAGACGACAUUUAUUUUUGGGACAAGCGCUUCUCCUAGGUCUUUUCCUCUUGGCAGGCCUCUCAGCAGCAGCAUCCCUCAGUCAAAACCUCAUAUCCUGCGCCGCAUUUCGAUUAGUCGGUUUACCCGCUACUCUUGUAUUUGCGGCUCUCUUGGUUAAAUGCGUCUUCUUACUUUCUUUGAAUAGUGGCAUUUAUCUACCUGCGCCAUAUCAGGCAUUAGUAUUGGGAUUUGCCGUGCUGGUGCAGGUAGCUAUCAUUGGACAAUGGUUUUACGGCGAACCGCCAGCCGUUGUCCAGGUACACAGUACAGGACCAGCUUCUACAGCAUCCUGUUGCAAAACUCCUCUCGGACAGAUCGUGGCAUCUCUCGGGUACCCUGGAGCACUCCUGGUAGCGGUGGCUUGUUUAGCAGUCAGGGCACGGGGCGUUCGAGACAACAACCGGGAAGCAGCGUUUAUUGGCCUCGCUGUUGGUUUAUCGCUUCCGAUUUGGAUAUCAAGCGCGAUCGGUUCGAUGGCAGCUUCCUCGGAAAGUGACAGAGAGGCUUGGCUAGCGUAUGGUUUAUUAACUACUUCUCUACUGGUGUUCCUGACGAUGUUCCUGCCGAAGGGUCGGCAAUUGGCUGCGCUGGGUCGUGAGGCUCCUGACACGGUGAUCCGUGAUCGCGAUGACGCCCUGAGCUCGCUACCUGGCAGCGGCUACUCGCCUUCUUUUUUCCACUUUAAGCCAGCCGAGGCUUCUUUGAAGAGAAAACUUCAUUAUCACAGUGCCGAUCGUGUGGCGUUAGUUUCAUCCGCUAUACCUGGAUGCACUGCCUGCAGGCACGGUGGAAGUCCCAUAUACUCUGAAGAUGUUCACGGGCCGAUGGAGACAUUUGUUUUGCCACCCGGCAUGUACUUAAGGCCAGAAGAGGCUGGAAACUUAUACACGACUUUAUCAGCGAACCCGAAUGUAUUCUUUCAACGAGCAGCUCAUCCAGGGAUGAUGUACUAA